AUGAGACAUACAAACCCAUUAAAGGUACUGGAGUUUUUUUUUAAAUCUCUACCAACUACUUGUGGGAAGUUUCUUGCUAGUGCUGAGACCAAUACCCAGACCAGUCCCUCUCCUGGAGCCCAGGUUACCCCCUCCUCCUGCWCACAAACCGUCUUAAGAUUGAAGAUGACAACAGAUAUGAUAGAGAGCAACAGCACCAAAUCCAGAGCUCCCCUCCUGACUCAGAGAUACCUGAGGCUGGUGACCAAGGAUGGACACAGUACGUUCCAGAUGGCYGGUGCCCAAGGCAGAGGUGUCGCGUACCUCCGAGACGCAUGGGGGAUACUCAUGGACAUGCGCUGGAGAUGGAUGAUGCUCAUCUUCUCGGCUUCCUUUGUCAUUCACUGGCUGGUCUUUGCAGUGCUCUGGUAUCUGCUGGCGGAUGUGAAUGGGGACCUGGAGCUGGACCACGAUGCUCCACCUGACAACCACACUAUAUGUGUCAAAUAUAUCACCAGUUUUACAGCUGCCUUCUCCUUCUCAYUGGAGACACAACUCACGAUUGGCUACGGCACCAUGUUCCCAAGUGGGGACUGUCCCAGCGCMAUUGCACUGCUGGCAAUCCAGAUGGUCCUGGGGCUCAUGCUGGAAGCCUUCAUCACAGGUGCUUUCGUGGCCAAGAUCGCACGCCCCAAGAACCGGGCACUCUCCAUCCGCUUCUCACGUUCUGCUGUGCUCACGCACACCGAGGGGAAGCCACACCUCAUGUUCCAGGUGGCCAACACUCGUUCCAGCCCCCUGACCAGCGUCCAGAUCUCUGCUAUACUUUACCAAGAAUGGGAGAGCGGGCAGCUGUACCAAACUAGCAUUGACUUCCAUCUGGACAGCGUCAUGGCAGACGAGUGUCCUUUUUUCAUCUUCCCACUAACCUACUACCACUCCAUCACUGCAUCCAGCCCACUGGCUGCUCUCCUCCAAAGAGAAGCCCCYCACCACUUUGAGCUGGUCGUCUUUCUGUCAGCUGUGCAGGAGGGCACAGGAGAAACAUGUCAGAGGAGAACAUCCUACCUCCCAUCAGAGAUCCUGCUGUACCACCGCUUUGCCUCCMUGCUAGCCCGCAAUGCCAAAGGUGAAUACCAGAUCAAGAUGGAGAAUUUUGACAAGACUAUUCCUGAGCUCCCAGCUGCAGCUGACUCAAAGAAUCCAAAAAGGACUGACAAGGAGAUCCGCAUCAAUGGACAGCAYGCCGACAGCUUCCAGCUCUCCGAGACUGGCCUCACAGAGUAGAGAAUAUAAACCUUGAACUUCAUGCUUUUUUUAAUUAUUACUACAUUAAACUUUCAGUUUCCAUUUAAAAUUUUCCUUCCU